CCGCCAUCUUUGCGACUGGAGCCGGAAAAAUUACCAAAGAAUCGUUGGAACUAAAACAAUGUUGAGCUUUUUUAUUGUCCCACCUGGGACAAACGGACCUUAAUAGUUUGUCAGUUAACUGCAGGAACCUUUUGCAGCUCCUGUGAAAAGAUCAACGCCAGACUACCGCAUCGCGGAGGAUUUAUCCUUCAUCAUGGGCACGGAGGAGAGGAACAACUUCAGUGUGGAGCACAUCAACAAGUCUGAGCUGUACCCAAUGAAGUCGAUCGUCUCUGAGGACGAUGUGCUGCAGGUUCCCUAUCCUCUGCUCUACGGCGAAUACGUCCAGUUCCUCGGGCGCACGUCCGACGGAGUUAUUGCCCUUUCCAACUUCCGCCUGCUGAUCCGGCAGAAGAAAUCGUUUGUGAAUAUUCCUCUUGGACUGAUUGACUUGGUAGACACGCGGGAAAUAUUUUACCUCACCCUCUACUGUAAGGAUGGAACGACUUACAGGUUUUCCUUUUCCACGAAUGAAGCUUGCCAGGUGUGGCACAAGCGAAUCUGUGAUAGCAUCACACCUCCCAAAGAGUUCUCCGACAUAUUUGCUUUCGCAUUCCACGCCUGGCGCAUCAGCGAGAACGACCGCGAGGUCGAAUCCUCUCUCCGACAUGUUCACAUGAAGGAGAUGUAUACGUUUGGAAAGGAUGUGGAGAGAAUGCAGUUCGAUACAAGCAACAAGAAAGUUUGGAGAAUUUCACAGAUAAACGAGGGAUACGGGCUGACACCCUCGUAUCCGAGAGAACACAUUGUUCCAGCCACUGUUUCCGAUGAAGAUCUCAAGAGUGUUGCUAGCUUCCGAGCUCUGAGACGCUUCCCUUCUGUUGUUUGGAGGGAUCAGAGGAAUGGUGCAGUGAUUGUGCGGUGCAGUCAGCCGGAACUGGGCUGGCUUGGUUGGCGUAACACUGAGGAUGAAAUGUUACUGAGCGCGAUACCAAAGGCCUGUACCCUGAAUCCCGGCACAGACAACGAUAAAACAUCACCCGAUGACAACUCGGUUAACUGUUCAUCGUUACAGUCUGCUCCUAGUCCCAAGAAGAUGUUGUUGAUAGAUUGCCGGUCAUAUGGUGCAGCCUUUGCCAACAGGGCUAAGGGUGGGGGCUGUGAGAGUGCCGAUUAUUACCCCUGUUGUGAAAUUCAGUUUAUGAACCUGGCGAACAUCCAUUCAAUCAGAAAGAGUUUCCUUGCCUUGAGGGCGCUGUGCAGUAUUCACCCAGACCAGUCCAAUUGGUUGUCGAGUCUGGAGAACACCAAGUGGUUGCAGUACAUCGCUGCCAUCCUGCGAGCGGCCAGCCUCAUUGUGAGCACCAUCGACAAGGAGGCGCGCCCGGUCCUCGUCCACUGUUCCGACGGGUGGGACCGCACGCCGCAGAUUGUCGCGGUCGCCGAACUUCUCUUGGAUCCAUAUUACAGGACAAUCAGAGGUUUCCAGUCCUUAGUGGAGAGAGAGUGGCUUGAAUUCGGUCACAAGUUUGCCGACCGCUGUGGACACGCCAUCAACUCUGAUGACUCAAACGAGAAAUCCCCCGUCUUUCUGCAGUGGCUCGACUGCGUCUAUCAGCUCAUUAGGAAAUUCCCAUGUGCUUUCGAAUUUAACGAAGCCUUUCUUGUGAAACUGGUACAGCACACGUACUCAUGUCUGUACGGGACGUUCCUGUGUAACUCGGCCAAGGAACGACACAAGGAGAACAUCGCUGACAAAACGGCCUCCCUGUGGACACUUCUGUUCACCAACAAGAAAUUCCAUAACUGUUUGUACAACCCUUUAGUGGACCAACAUGUUUUAUACCCAGAAUACAGUAUUCACCAACUGGAGCUGUGGUUUUCCAUUUAUAUGUCUGCCAAUUCCUUGGAAACCAGCCAGGAUCCUGUUGAAGAGACGAUUAAACCCUCGGAAGAAGGGGACAUAACUCCGGACGAAGAACCGACAGGGGUGCAGAAAACUCGAUCGUGUGAAAAUCUGGCAACCCUUGCUGACCACACACCCGUAGCAGGGCGAAGAAUGAGCGACCCGAACAUCAGCCAUGCAGUGCAGGAAUCCGGCCUGCUCAUCAAGGAAAUAAAUGCUGCCAACGGCCUAGCCAAUGAAAGUGAUGCUGAUGAUGUGACUGUGAACGGAGAUGUUGUGUUACAAGAGAAUGGCGACGAUGCUGAGCCCGAUGUGGUGGAGAAUGGUCAUAGGGAUAUCGGCCUCAAUGGGUUUCUUGAAAAUGGACACGUAACAGACGAAGUCGCGCUGACCAACGGACACAGCGAGACACCGAGCGAGAGUGCCAGUGAAAACUCCGACUCGGCGGAAGCAGAGAAAGUUGUGCAGAUAACAUUGGAUGGAAUUACUUUACAAAACGAUUCGCAGAGUUCACUCAACGGAGUGUAUUCCAAUGGACACAUGAGUGAUGACGAAAACGGUAUUCAAGAAAACGGAAUCGAUGGUCCCAUUAAGAACGGGUCAGUUGAUAUAAUAAGUAAAAAGCUUGCCCAAAGGACUUCACUGUCUGUGGAGAGUUCAACAGACACAAUCAUAGACGACAAUAGUUUGGAAAUUGGCCAUAAUGGUUUAGUGAACGGUUUGUCCGAUGAGGUGGUCACGGACUCGUGUCCGGUUAGAAAACAUUUCCACAAGAACUCUAGUAUUAGCACGAGCACCAGUGAUAUCAGUGACCCGCAUGUCAACUGUGGUUACGGGGACUCACGGUUGCUCAUCAACGAUCUCAAACUGUUUCGUCACCAGCCCGUCCUCAAGCUGGAUUGUGGGCACGUGGGGAGACACGAUGUCAUCAACAGCCCCAGUCCGUCUCAGUCUUCGUCAUCGAUUCCAACACCACUUAGUUCGAGGAAUUCCACCUGUCCGCCCACGCCAGGCACCGGGGAUGCGAAGGUGCUGGAGUCUCCACUAUCGAGGCAGCUGAACGGACUGAGUCGUCACCUGGACAGCGACGGGUUGACUGCGUUUGUUGACCCGGUCCAGCAGCGGAUGCAACACAUCGAGGUGGAGUACAAACGACAGGUGGAGAUCCUCCAGUUCCAGCUGGCGGCCGCGUGCAGGAAACUCAAUUCUCUAGGAUGUAACGGAAUAGGACGAGAUCCUAUCGAGAUUGGGGCUGAAAACAUUGCGCACGUGUUGCCGGAACCCAUUGAUGGUGACUAUUCGUCGCUAGGCAACCUGAGCAACGCGGCAUCGGACCAGAGCUGGGACAAGAUGGAUGAGGAUGACGCGAAGAUGACACUGUGGGUCCCCGACCACGCUGUCACACACUGCGCGGGCUGCGACGGCAUGUUCUGCAUCGUCCGCCGCAGACACCACUGCAGGAAUUGUGGGAAGGUGUAUUGUAGCAACUGCUCAAACUAUUACUCCCCUGUUCCACACCAGCAGCUGGAGGAGCCGGUACGUGUGUGUCGGGACUGUCACGUCAACCUCAAGUCCUUUCAACUGGCGUGUGUCACCGACGACCUGCGGUUCCCCAUCCUCGUGCCCGAGUGAGUGGCCGCCACGCCAUCACCAUUUGGUGCAGCCUUGUUAUGUCAAACUUACCCAUGUGUCGAGUCACAGGACUUCUGGUUGAAGGUUUUUUUUACAGGUUUAAAGAGGAAAAGACUUGAUUUGUAGUUUUCGUGGGAAUCCUCGGGAGUAGGUCGUCUUGUACGCUGGGUCAUUUUAGUUGCUGCACAUUUUAAUUUCACUGCAGAAUGAAGGGAGUGAAUUUUAGAGGUCGCAUUGAUUUGGGAUGAAAAACAAUGUUUGAAGUAGUUAAUAGCUGCACAAUAAAGAAUGGAACAUUUAAUGUUAUUAGGUUUAAAUUGUGUAUGCUCACGAGAAGUUUUUACAGUAUACUAUAUGAAAAUGGUUGCAAACUUACAAAUUGUAAUAAGGAAUGAAAUAUGGGGAGUAAUAGGGAGUAAGGGAAUUCUAAGUACUACAAACUAUAGAUAAUGAAUUUGUGUUUUUAUCAAUGCUAAAAGUGGGAGCUACCUUGAAUGGUUUUGUUGGCUAGCAUACAUUUACUUGUUGAUAACGGUCUACAAAACACAAAUUUAGGAUAAUCAAAACAAACAAAAAUCACAAUAUGUUAAAUAAUUUUUUUUGAAAAAGAUACAGAAUUGAAGAAGUAUAUGUUCAUUUUAUUCUGUCCCUUUUGACCUAAAUGUCUAGAAUGAGCUAUCUGUAUUAAAGAUAAACGUUACAAUAGCGUAAAAUGUUUUUAAGUUCAUUUGUAGAUUCACCCAUUUCUUGGCUCAUUUAACACCAGCUGUUUUUCUUCUCUUUUUUUCUUAUCGACUCGGACACUUAGACUGAAUAAAAAACAGAAACACCAAAAAUACUGCGCCACAAAAUCUGUACAAACUGGAACAACCCACCAGAAGUAGGACAAGGAAUUUGGAAGUUUGGUGGAAGGGGUAGGGGGUUUGAGGGGAAAUGGGUGUGGUGAGAAUGACAAUCUGUCUUGUGUAGUGGUUUACUGAGUUGACUAGACAGACCAGAAAACCUCUUGGUUCUGUUGAGUAAUAUUUAACAAAAUGUUGGGUGGGUCACCUAAAUCGGCUUGAAUUUAUUUUGAGUUUGGGCAAGUUGAUAAGAGUGCACAGUUAUAUGUUUAUUAGUGCAAAGCAUCUUUCAAAAACUUAAUUCUAACAUUAUAUAAAUAGAAGCAAUAAUAGAAGGAUAAAAAAAUGUCUAUAUAUUGUUAAAUCACCAGAGUACCCUGCCAUACCCUGCACACAAUGUAUGGAGGUUGUCUGCAGUUAUUCUAGUCUUAUUUACACUCUGGAAUGUUUCCUGGGAAUAAUAAAUAUAAACUGUACUUCACCCUUCAGUCCUUCACGUGUAGCAGAUUACCUGAUUAAAAUAUAAAAGCAGAAUAUAUCCCAAGUGGAAAAUUAAUGUAGCUGAAAGUGCACUCGAUUUUGUUUAAGCUGUGAUGUCAUCGUUUUUGUUUUGGUGCUGGGAGAGGAUUGAACGAUCCAUAAUGAAUUGAUGUGCAAUUUCUAUUCUGUGAUAGCAAAUGCCAUGUUCCGACUUGUUUUAUAAUACAGAUGACAUUUGUGCCUGCCAGAAGUGAUAAUAUAUGCAAUGUUGGAGGUGAUGAUGAAGAUAACUAAUACUUUAUAGAUACUCGAAAAAAAGAUCAAUAUUGAUGUAGGUUUUUGAGCCCAGACAAGCAUAUUUUUUGCAAUGCUGAAUAGAUUAUUGUAUUCCUGGUGUAAGUUGUGGGCAACAGGAUGGGCCUUGUAUGAUUACUAUUAACAUUUAUUAUUGUACAGAUUUUCACUUGUUACCUAGAUGUACAUGCGUGAACAUAGUUUCGGUAUAAAUGUAUGUAUAUGUAUAUUUUGCACGUGCUGAUUGGCUGUUUACUUUGUAAUACACUAUGAUGCCAGUUUGGGGCACAGUCUUUUCGUGGGAGGUGGUGUCGUGUUGUCAUUGCAGAAAAGUAAUCUUCAUAAAAUCUUCAUACAAACUUUUUGAAUGUUCAUAUUUAGUAAGAAUGUAUCUUUAAAAAAGAUUAAAUGUUUAAUUAUUUUUAAAUAUUUAAAUCAAAUAUUUCAUUGAUUAUGCACUUUUUAAAAGGAUAAAAAUGUAUUAGAACAUUUUGUUAAUGUAUCAUUAAGUGUUUUCUGUAACUUAUUUCCAUUUUACUAUAUGAUAUUUACAGAUUAGACUGCUAGUAAAUUGGAAAAUAAACAGUAUGGAAAUAUAUAAUAUCAGCUAAAACAGUAGAAACACAAUUUGUUGUCAUAUUGUUAGAAAUAAAUGUAGUUUAUGGGGGUUGGAUGAUGUGUUGAAAACAAAUCUAACGACUGCAAGCCCUAUUGUAUUUGUAGUGGAUCAGGUAUUUUGAUUAGUUGAAUUCAUUCUGAGUUGCAUCUCCCAUAAAUGUUAUAUUUCUGUGAAAAUCACCAUCAAAUCCAUAAUGUGUAUUAUAGUUUGUUCUGCAACAUGACUUGGUAGUAAGCAGAUUGUUUUACAGGGGAUAACACCAGUUUUAGUUUGGUGUGUUUUUACCGAAUCUUCUUUUAGUUUUUAUUAUUUUUGUAACUGGAUUGUAAAAAUAUUCAUUUUGGUGUAUGAGUCUGUGAGUGUCAGGACGUCUGCCGUUAAUAUUAAUUUAUAUAUUGAGUGACUGAAAGACUAGCUGAAUGAACGCAUGUAGAGUUAGGGAAGGUGGAAAUGUUUUAUAAUUAAAUUAAAUUAAUUAAUCAAUUAAAUAAAUAAAUAAAUGAACUACACUUGAGCGUAUUUUAGUUUUGCUAGUGAUGAGAAACAAUUCAGGCAAGAUAUGUUAAUGAGUGUUUUUACUGUCCAGGACCAUAUUCUCAAAGCCAUCUUAGCGCUACCAAAUUGUAAAGCCCCCAUAGGCUAUAAAGUUACUAUGGCGUGUUCUGUAGUGACGUCAUAGCCUAUGGUGGUUUUAUGAUUUUGUAGCACUAAGUCAGCUUUGAAAAUAUGGGCCCAGUCAUGUAGUACUUUAAAGUUUUACGUUGAGUAGUUUGGAGAAAUCGCCACUCUCUCGUAUUGCAGGCUGGUAUUUUCAGGGCUAGUCCAUCCGGCCAUUUACCAAAUUCAGCAGUUGCAAAUUUUGUAAGCAUUUAGCAAAAUAAAUUGAUGUAAGGAUUAUUAUUUGUUAAAAAUGAACUGUGGGUUAGUGAAAUUUUUAAAGUUUAAUACAUAAGUUGAAAUGUUCUGGUCAUCCAGAGCUAGCCCUAUAUAUGGAGUGAGAUGGAAGAUGCUGUCCUGUCUGGGAAUGCCCAUAUAAAGUAUCAACUGCUGCCUUGUGGUGGCUGAGAGAUUCUUCUGCCACUGUCUAGACCAAGUGUCACAGUAUCUAGACCAAGUGUCACAGUGUCUAGACCAAGUGUCACAAUAUCCUUGUUAAACACCAAAUAGCCGUAGUUUAAAAUGUGCCGAGAUCUUGUUAAACAAACAUGCUUUUUCUUUCCUUUUUAGACUUGAGUAUUAAAACAACUGUGUGCUAGACACCAAAUAGCCAUAGUUUAAAAUGUGGAGGUAUUGCAUUUUAGACCAAGUAUUAAAAUAACUGUUAAACACCAAAUAGCCAUAGUUUCAAAUGUGGCGAUAUCUUGAUAAACAAACUUGACUAUCAUUGACAAUUAUUUUAGUGUUGUGGUGGAUGUUUACUUCAAGGUGGAGUCUAAUUACAUGUCAUGGUCCAGUGACUAUUCAUUCUACACUAAGAUAUUUUAGAUUUUUGCACUUAGAUACAGGUUUUUUCUCCAGACUAUCAAUAGUUUAUAAAACAUAACUUUGUUUUUCGCAAUGUCCAGGGCCCUGUUUUCAAAGUGAUCUUAUGCACUUACGGUGAUUUUAGUGAUAUGAUCGCUUCAUAAAACGGUCUGGAUCCACACCUGACAUAUAGUUGAAAGAUUCACAUCGGGUUUAUCAGCGGUCAUUUAUGUCAGAUUUAACUUUCAUUGCUAGUUUACCUAAAGUACAGGUCUCAUUACCUUUCCAUUCAAAGAUAAGAAAAUUAAUACGUUUUGUGACAUUGUCAGUAAAAUCUAGUAAAAGAUGGAUUAUUUAGAUUUAAACACAUAGUAAUAAUGCUACAUAAUGUAUUUUGAUACUUCCAGAGCUGACAGUUGGAACUAUGUUCAAAGUCAUGGUUUUGAGUAAAAAGUUUCAAUGUUUAACAUCUACAAAGAAAAUAAUUAUGUCAAAGAAAUUUGUGUUCUUUUUUCUUUUCUUUCUUUUCUUUUUUGAGUGAAUAAGUACUUGAGGAUUCACAAGAAUGGCUUCACUAAUAUGUCCAAGUCGAGGGUUGUGGGUGGGGCAGAAUGUAGGUGUUAAUUUAAUUUAAUUGUACAUUAUGUUUUUAACUUACUUGGCCAAAAUGCAUACUUCAUCUGGAUGUGAAUAAAAGUACAUCUAUAGUCAUUUGUGUGCAGUCGAAGAACAAGGCUGAAUGAUAUUAAAGAUACGAUAACCUGAACAGAAAUAAUAAAAAGUAUUUGAAUAUUUACAUUAUGGAAAUAGUUUCUUCUAUUAAUUUCAGUUAAGUCAUAUAUUAAUAAUUUUGUAUAAGUUUGAUUAUGCAUUGCUUAAAAUUACAAUAUUUACAUGUAUUAUUAAUAAUAUAUUAUUGGAAUGCCCAACUAUUAUAAUGGUAUACUAUUAAGCCUGGUUGUAUUUUACUAAGUUCUUUCUUUCUCUUGCUCAAAGAAUUAAUAUUAACAAUGCAAAAAUUACCAUUAGUAUUUAUUUUUUGGCUUUUAAGUUUUAUUACCCUUUGUUUAAUUUUUACAGACAUAAGUAAGUGGCAUACUAGUAUUUAGUUAUAUGUUACAUACAUUAAUGAUGGUAAUUUGUUUGUUUACUGUGAGUUAUUUUUUAAAUUCUAAACUGUAAUUGAAUUAAACUUUCUUGCAAUGAUAAUAAAAUGCUAUUGGUGGGAAUUGUAUCGAAGUGUAUUGAAAGUAUAUGCUUAAUCUGAACUGUUUUGUUAUUUGUUAAAAUAAGGCUUUAUCUGAAAAGAAAAAUAAAGCAUAAAUAAAUAUGUAAAAGAA